AUGGACCCAGGAAAAAGGCCAAAGAAUGCGCUUGAUGUUGGGUGUGGGAUAGGAGGCACCACCAAGUACAUAGCAAGGAAAUAUGGAGCCAAAUGCAUAGGCAUCAACCUUAGUCCCAUCCAAAUCCAGAGGGCCAAUGCUCUUGCUGCAGCUGAAGGAUUAGCUGACAAGCCAUUUUCAGAUGGGCAGUUUGAUCUGGUUUUGUCAGUGGAGUGUGGAGAGUAUAUUCCUGACAAAAGAAAGUUUGCUGCUGAGUUGGCUACUCUGAAUGAGCUAGACCCAUUAACCAACAUGCUGAGUGGAAGUGUAGAGAAUUUGUCAUUUUCGCUUGAUAUUAAGGCAGCAGAUUGGACUCAAUAUAUUGCCCCAUUUCUUCCUUUAUUAUUUCGCUCGGCAUUGACAUGGAAGGGCCUGUCAUCUCUGCUGCCAUCUCUGCUGCGCGGUGGUAAGCUUAGCCUUCAUUGCUAG